AUGUCCCUACGCCCUCUCUUCCGUCCAGCAACGCUCGCCCGCCGCAGCUUCACGGCCGCGGGGAGAAGAAGCUAUGCCAGCCAAACGCCUGGAAACCCCAUGCUGGAGGUCUUCAAUCGAAAGGCAAAGACCAUGCAGAAGGACCGCGCAGCUCUGAAUGUCGAAGAGGGCCGGAAAGUCGACUACAUUAAAGACGAAGUGGCGAUGCGCUUAUGCGAGCGGUUACUGGAUAUCAAACGGGAGAUACCGAACGUCCUCGACCUAGGCGCCAACAGCUGCAACAUCGCCCGUGCCCUCACGACCCCAAUCCCAGACCUCGUCUCCCCAAGCGGCGAAUCCCCACCCCUCUCCGAAAGAAUCUCGCAGCUCACCUGUGUCGAGACCUCCAGAGCCCUCCUUCACCGCGAUAUCGACCUCCCCUUCAAUAAUAACAUUAACAUCCAACGCGAUGUCAUCCCAGACCUCGAGUCCCUCCCCUACGAACCCGACUCCUUCGACGCCGUCCUCUCCUCGCUCUCAAUCCACUGGGUCAACGACCUCCCCUCGCUGCUAGCGCAAGUGAACACCAUCUUAAAACCGGAUUGUCCGUUCAUCGGGGUGAUGUUCGGCGGAGACACGCUCUUCGAGCUGCGGACGUCACUGCAGCUCGCUGACAUGGAGAGACGGGGCGGCGUGAGUCCGCAUGUAUCACCGUUAGCGGAUGUACGAGAUGUCGGGGGCUUGUUGAACCGGGCUGGGUUUAAGAUGUUGACCGUGGAUGUCGAGGAUAUCCUGGUGGAGUUCCCGGAUGUGUUUGCGCUGAUGAGGGAUUUGCAGUCGAUGGGGGAGAAUAAUGCUAUUUUGCACCGCGAGUUAGGGCCUAUCUCGCGGGAUGUGUUGCUCGCGACAGAGGGUAUUUAUCGGGAGCUGCAUAUGGAGGAGGGGAUGAGGGGGAUUCCGGCGACGUUUCGGUUACUCUAUAUGAUUGGGUGGAAGGAAGGGAAGGGCCAGGCGCAGCCGUUGCAGAGAGGUAGCGGCGAGGUUAAUCUGAAGGAUAUAUUAGGAGGAGGAGACUUUGAAGGCCGGUAA